CAAAAAUGUAGCAACGUAUGUGUAUAGCUGUACAUUUAAAAUAAACAUCGAAAUGUCAGACUAAAAAACAUAAACAAUCAUUAAUUCGUACAGGAAAGCAAUAUUCAGUACCACGUACCACAUAACGCUAAAACGCUAAAAUCUUGAUAAUCAAAGUCCAAUGAUACAGGCAGUGUGGCCAGGUACAAUGUGUAUACGUUUUCGGUAGAUUUAUGCGAAAUUACGUUUCGAUAGGCAUACAUUUAAGCAGAAAGUAAAAACUUGAAGUACCUUGCUCCAUUCGAUUUUGAAAAUUGAAGAGCGGAAGGGGUUGCAUCAAAUGUAUUUUGUUUUGUUGAGUCAUACAUUAAAUAUAACGAGUGUUUCAAAUUCGACCCCAUUGGGAUCUCAGAAUCAGUAAGAGAUGAAUUUGCUGUCAACCGAUCAGCUGACAUUUGACGUUAUGACAUAACCUCACUUUCUCAACCCUUAACCUCAAACAAACAGUAGGAUGGUUACAAAACAUUUUUAACAAAAAAUAUGACUUUUAUCGACUAUAGUAAUGAAGAAAAAUCUAACAAGUCAAGUGCGACAAAAGAAGAAAAGGCGACAACUACUCUGCCCGAAGAUGCAAGCCAAUGGGGAUAUGAUAUGUACCCUGAACGAAAAGGCACAAGUUCUGGUCCAUAUAAGAAAUCGCGGUCGAUUACAGAUUAUUUAUCAGGAAAAGGAAGAGACAACAUAGAUAAAAUCAGAUGUGAAAGGAACGUGUACAAAUGCGUAAAGGAAAGCCCUCUUGUUAAACUUAUGAUGGGAGCUUUAAGAUCAUCUGGCUGUGGCUUAGAUAUAAGAAGACACAUUGCUUGUGAAGAAUGUGCACCUCAAGUUAGCGGUGGAUAUGAUCCUAUAAUGAACCAGGUGAUCGUCUGCCACAACACCGCCAAAAACGAGGGCAUCGUUCAAGGCGUGCUGACCCACGAACUGAUCCACAUGUUCGACUAUUGCCGGAACGAUUUAGACUUCAAGAACCUCGACCAUCUGGCCUGCACCGAAAUCAGGGCGGCCAACCUUGCGCAUUGCAGCUUCAUGUCGGCGUGGAUGAGCGGCAACGCGUCAGUGUUCAACAUCAAGGAGACGCACCAGGACUGCGUUAAGAGCAAAGCGCUCAGUUCGGUUUUGGCAGCCAGAAGUGGGAUCAGUAAAACUGAAGCCAUCAACGCGAUCGAAAGGGUGUUUCCGAAGUGUUAUCCGGAUUUGGAACCCAUCGGAAGAAGGUUGAGGAGGAAUUCGUACGAUAUGUACAAGGCGUAUGAAGAGGGAUAUUAUUACGGCUAUGAUAUUCCUUAGCGUUUUUGUUGGCAAUAGGAAUUUGUAAUAUAUUUUAUUGUUGCCAU